ACACACUCCGUCUCACUGCAGCAACAAAUGAGCCUUUAUUUGUGAACUUAACAGUGUUAGCAGCUGACUCCAUACGGGCCAAUUACUGAGCGAGGGGGAGACACGGCCAAGAUGAAGGAGGCGGCAGCUGUGGCUUGUUUGCUGGUGGAACUGUCUCUGAUUGCUGUUGCCGUGGCCUCGGAGGGGGCUGCUCACUGUCCUCCGUUGUGUCGAUGUGAGAUCCGGCCCUGGUUCUCUCCCAGCUCUACUUACACCGAGGCUGCCACCGUGGACUGUAACGACUUGGGCCUCGCAGCGCUUCCGGAGAGACUUCCCUUAAUGACGCAGGUGCUGCGGCUCCAGGCGAACAGCAUCCACACGGUGCGGGAAAAUUUGGAUUACUUGGCCAACAUCACAGAAAUUGACUUGUCUCAAAAUAACAUUUCCUCACUGAGCCACGUCUCUCUGGGGACUCUGCCGCAGCUGCUGUCUCUCCACAUGGAGGAAAACUGGAUUCAUGAGCUUUCCGACCGCUGCCUCGCGUCCCUGCACAGCCUCCAGGAGUUAUACCUCAACCACAACCUCAUCUUCGCUAUUAGCUCCUUGGCAUUUCAGGGACUGGACAGGCUGCUGAGGCUCCACCUCAACUCCAACCGGCUAACGAGCGUCAGCAGCCAGUGGUUUCAUUCUCUCCCCAACCUGGAGAUACUGAUGCUGGGAGAAAAUCCCGUCCUCCGCCUCACGGACAUGAACUUCAGACCCCUGGCCAACCUGCGGAGCCUGGUACUGGCCGGGAUGAACUUGACGGAGAUUCCUGACAAUUCUCUGGUUGGUCUUGAGAACUUGGAGAGUGUCUCGUUCUUCGACAACCUGCUUCAACGAGUCCCCCGGGCGGCGCUGAUGAAGGUGCAAAACCUCAAAUUUCUGGAUUUGAACAAGAAUUCUAUUGAGAGAAUCCAGAAAAGCGACUUUGUGGACAUGCUGCAUUUGAAGGAGCUUGGCAUCAACAGCAUGCCCGAGCUGGUCUCCAUUGACGCUUUCGCCUUGAACAAUCUGCCGGAACUGACCAAAAUUGAAGCCACAAAUAAUCCCAGACUGUCCUACAUCGACCCGAGGGCCUUCUACCAGCUGCCCAGGCUGGAGACGCUCAUGCUGAACAACAACGCCCUGAGCGCUCUGCACCGCGGCACCGUGGAGGCGCUGCCCGGCCUGCAGGAGGUCAGUCUGCACAGCAACCCCAUCCGCUGCGACUGCGUCGUCCGCUGGAUCAACACCAACAGGACCGCCGUCCGCUUCAUGGAGCCGGACUCGCUCCGCUGCGCGGAACCGGAGGAGCUCCACGGCCGGCUGGUCCGGCAGGUGCACUUCAGGGAGAUGACGGAGAUCUGCCUCCCCCUGAUCUCCCCGGGAAGCCUUCCGGAGCGGGUCCAGAUCCGCGCAGGGAGGUCGCUGUCGCUGCACUGCCGGGCGUUCGGGGAACCGGCGCCGGAUAUUUACUGGGCGACGCCGUCCGGAGACAGGCUCCUCCCUGGGAGUGCGUCUGAAAAGCACUACCUGCACCCUGAAGGCACCUUGGACCUCUACGGCGCCACGGAGCAGGAAGCCGGCUCCUACACCUGCAUCGCCCACAACCUGGUGGGGGCAGACCUCCAGUCCGUGCUGGUUUCAGUGGAAGGGCGGAUAGCUCCACCCUCUCAACGGCUUUUCCAGGUAAACAUCGCGUCUGUCCAGUCUGACUCGGUGACGGUGUCGUGGGACAGCACAGACGCUCGGCUUUCCCAGCUCAGCUGGUCCGCCUUGGCGGAGGAUCAGGACCCCUUCUCGCCGUUCACGGCCAGGCUUCCUGCUGACGUCAGACAGUACCACAUCCAACAGCUGAAGCCCUCCACCCGCUACCGGAUCUGUGUCCAGGUGACGGAAACACAGUCCAGGUUCCACAGGGACUGCGUCAGUGUGAGCACAGAGGACAGCGUGGAUCCAGGGCCCGGGGUCCAGGUCUGGGACGGUCUGCUGGCGGCUGCCUGUGCUCUGCUGCUGGUCAUCGUGGCGGCCGUGGCGUCCUCUCUCAUCUAUACUUCUCUCUACAGCCGAGUCCUUUACAGGAAACUGUUACUGGACUCAACCGGAACAGUGCUGACUGCAGCUCCUCCACCCUCCCCGUCCCCUGGCCAUGAACUCAGGGUGUCCGGGAACAAGCUGAGGGCCGCUCUAACAGACUUCCCAGAGAACUCCGUGUAG